AUGGAGUCCACCAACGGGCUUCUCUUUAUUACUGUGGCAAAUCCCGAUGAAGUGAAAAACAAAGAUACCCAGCGUGCCAUUCGAAGGCGAGUAAUGCGCGAUAUUGGCCGAUCGCGGCGAAAGCCCAAAAGCCAACCUGCCGUCACCUUCAUUGGACAGCCACAUCAAAUAGACCAUAAUCAGAAGGAUUUCUUAUGUCCCGCCUUGGAAUCAAGCCCGUUACCUAUAGACCUUGAUAACAGGGCCCGGCAGUUAGCCCAUUUCAUGCAAUCGGAGGCCGACUACAGAUAUCGCCCGUUCAGGGGCAUCUGGUUUGAGAUGGCCUUAAGAGAUGGUAGCGCUUUCAAAUUGUCAAUGGCCAACGCGGCGAUGUUUCUGGAUGAAGCCCAUCAUCCUACAACAUUCAAGUACGAACGCAGUGCGGAGGCUCUCGCUUACUACGGCGAAAGUGUGAGGCAAGUGACAAGGCGAUUGGCUGACCCAAUUGAUCGCGCAAGUGAGGGCCUGAUGACUGCUGUGCUGGGCCUCAUAUGCCAUGAUUUAUACGUUGGGACCCUAGAUCGCUGGGCUUAUCAUAUACAAGGCUUGAAACAUAUUAUCCAGCUCAGAAAUGGAUUCUGCGGCCUAAAUGGUAACCUCCAACUUUUCGCUUCUUGGUUUGAUGUGGUGGGAUCAGUGGUCAAGGACACUCCGCCUCUUACCGAAAACCCCAUCAUUCUGCAAGAUCCUUGA